CCGCGAGUAUAGGCAGCAGAGCAGUCGUGCGCGCGCGCGCCUUCCGCCCGUGUGUUUUUCUCUCGGCCGUGCGCUGUACGGUGCUGCUGCCACCGCGAGGGAGAGAGAGAGAGAGACGAGGCGAGCCGUCAGCAGCGCAGCGCGUCGUCGUCGACGUCGUCGUGGUGUAGAACGACUCGCGUAUACCUACAGCCGUGUGUACACACAGCACCAGUGCGGCGCAGAGAAGAGCAGAGCGCGUCGUCUCCGGGCAGCGAAAGACGCGCGCGCGCGAGUGAAGCGCGUCGUCUUCGUCGUCGGGUCGGGUCGGAAGAAGAGCCGAGCGUCCCCGCGCGCAUUGGAAAGAAGUGCUGCUGCUGCUGCUGCUGGCUGGCUGUGUGUGUGUGUGUGUAUAUAUAUAUAUAUAUAUAUAUAUAUAUACACGCGAGUGUGCUACCGUUCGCGCGCUGCAGUGCGGAAUAUAGAAAGAGCUCCGACGAGCUGCAGCGGAUAAGAUGCAGUUUUUCGCACGGAAGUGAGAGCGCACAGCACGUGAGAGAGGAGCUGCUUGCAGGCUAGCGGAGGAACGAAGAAGCAGUGCAUGCCAGUGUAGUAUACAUAGCGCGGAGAAGAGGUCGUCCAUAUCUAUUUAUCUCUCGGCUAUCUCCGUCUCGCUCGCUCUCACUCGGUUGUUCGGCCGCGCGCGGCGGUGGAGCUGCUGCUAUACCGCGAGCGAGACAGCAGCACGGCGCAGAUACAGAUAUACCCCACGGCCGCUCCGCAGCGCUCUCGCAUACACACGAAUAAUAUCUAGAUACUAGUUAUAGAAUAGAGGGAAGAGAAGAAAGAGAGAGAGAGAGAGAGAGAGCGCGAGAGGGAAGAGGACCGCUCUUGAUGCGCGCGAAAGUGCCUCCGAGAAGAAGGCGCGGGCCCGAGGGCCCCGCUAAGCCACUAUCCUAGAGUGACUCCUCGUCCUCGUAUCCAGCUACGUAACACCGUCUGCCUGCAGUGCACAGCGAGCCGUGUGCACGGUCUCGGCGAGAGACUCUGUGUGUGUGUGUGUGUGUGUGCGUGCGCGCGUGUAUCCUCGGCUGACCGCGUGCAGCAGCGAGGAGUAGUGGUGGGUAGUACCUAGAGCGCAGUCUAGUGGCCGAUUACGUCACGGGCUCGAGAGUCGUCACCGUCGUCGUCGUCGACUGCGUGAAGAGCAGUGCGGCCGCAGCACUGGAACAGCAGCCGAGGCGAGCGUGUUCGUCGGCGAAGUGGCGAGGCGGAGCAAGUUGCGCCGCGGGCGCACCACCAGACCUGCUGUCGCAGCGAGCAGCCAUGGAGCUGAGACUCCACUCCCCGGCGGGGGCCGACCCCAUCGUCUACCAGUGGCCGCUCACCUCCGGCUCUGGAAACGAUCGGCACGAUGGGGCUAUAGAUGUAGUGGAAACAAUGAGGUGGGUUUGUGAAGACCUACCUGACCUUAAACUGCCUCUGGAGAACAACAUUCUCUGCAAUUAUGACACACGUGAUUAUGAAAGCAUGAAGAAUCUGUGUGACAGGUUCAAUAGGGCUAUCGAUAGUUUAGUACAAUUGGAGAAGGGUACGAGUUUACCAUCCCAGAGACUAAACAAGAGGCCGAGUAGAGGUUUGCUGCGACACAUACUGCAGCAGACCUACAAUCAGGCUGUUGUUGAACCUGACAAACUAAAUCAAUAUGAACCCUUUUCACCUGAAGUUUAUGGAGAAACCAGUUACGAAUUAGUUUGUCAGAUGAUAGAUCAAGUUGAUGUGACAGAAGACGAUGUAUUCGUAGACUUAGGUUCUGGAGUUGGUCAGGUAGUUCUUCAAAUGGCUGCUGCUACUUUCUGUAAAAUCUGCAUUGGAGUUGAAAGAGCUGAUGUCCCCUCGAAAUAUGCAGAGAGCAUGGAAGUUAAUUUUCGGAAGUGGCUCAAUUGGUACGGAAAGCGUUGCGGAGAAUACCGAUUAAUCAAAGGCGAUUUUCUCGCUGAUGAACAUAGAGAAAGUAUUACAGGGGCCACCAUAGUAUUCGUCAACAAUUUUGCAUUCGGGCCUACGGUAGAUCAUCAGCUAAAAGAACGUUUUGCUGAUUUAAGAGAUGGUGCUCGUAUUGUGUCGUCAAAGUCUUUCUGUCCCUUAAAUUUCAGGAUAACGGACAGAAAUCUUAGUGAUAUUGGCACGAUAAUGCACGUCUCGGAGAUGUCACCACUAAAGGGUUCAGUCUCGUGGACCGGUAAGCCGGUAUCUUACUAUUUGCACGUCAUCGACCGGACAAAGCUCGAGCGGUACUUCAAUCGAUUGAAGAACAACAAGCAGGGCGCUCUGGAUGACAAUUCAGAUUCUGUGAUAAACAACACUGCCAGCAAUAAUAGUAGGGUUUCGAGACGAGGUGAAGAGCGAGGCGAGCGUGCGAAGAGAGAUCUUUCUCGCCAGCUAGACAACAGUCCAAAUAACUCGGAUCAGCAGAAUACGAACAGUGAAUCAGACGGCGAUGAGGAACACUCGGUGAAGACGCGACGGCAACCAAAGAUGCGCCGGAAACUGAGCAGAAAAGCAGCAGCUGGUGGUACCACAGCACGACCAUCGACCAGAGGUCGGCAGCGUGGUCGAGGCAUAAAGAAAACGAAGCCUAAGAAAGCCAUUAACAUCACCGGCUUGGACUUGCUGCACAGUCAGACACUGCUCAGCACCUCUCCUCAAGCGAUCGGCAAGAAACCACCGCCGGCACCAGGCACUGUAGAUCAACAGCUGACGUCGCUAUCGCUCACACUCCAGAAUAACAGCGCGCUGGUACACGAGGAGUUGAGCAUUCCAGCGGCACCAGCUGAUACUCCUUACGCUUUGCAGAUACUUUUAGAUUUAUAUAGGGAUCAAUUUAUGGCGAUGUUGGAUUCGAUGAAAAGUCCGACAUUUAGAGCUUCAGUAAAUGCAGACAUAGCAAAGGAAAAAGAUAGGAACUCCAAGCUGCAGUCGAGGGCUGCCCAAUUGGAGAAGCAAAUCAAGGUCUUGAUCGACGACAGCGUUGCUCUGUUAAAGGCAAGGAUGACCGAGUUAGGCAUUAACGCAACGUCGCCCGGCGACCUUCUUGCCAAGGCCAAGGAGAUCGUUCUUCGACAUAAGCAACUGCAGGCCAAAGCGAGCAAAUUGCAGGCUCAGGUGUCAACGAUAGAGACUGAACAAAAUAGAUUAGCAACAUUACGAUACCAAGAGCUGCAAGAAAAGUUCAGUCACCCAGGAACGAGUAGCGGACCUCCACCGACGCAGCCGCUAACCAAGGAGUGUAUCUUGAAAGAUAUAUCGGCCACGCUUGCGCAUCGUAAACGGUUGCAUUCUCAGGCGAACAAGUUAGAACAAGAGCUAAACGUGAUAGAGAGGUCGAAUAUUGAGAAACAGUCUACAAACCAGCAGCAACAUAGAGAGAGCAAACAUCUGCAACAUCAGAUCCAGCAGCAACAGCAGCAACAGCAACAGCAGCAGCAACAGCAGCAGCAACAGCAGCAGCACCAGCAGCAUCAACAACAGCAGCAGCAUUCGUUGCAUCCAUCUCAUGUUAGCAAGAGUAGUGGCUCACGCAAGAGCAGAGAAAGUCGCUCUCGAUCGCAGGAAUGGCCAGACGUCCCGGACGUUGGAAAAAUUCAGGAAAAGAACCCUGAGCUACUUGCACAGAAGAUUUUAGAGACCGGGCGACAGAUAGAAGCCGGCCGUUUACCGAGUAGGACGAGUGUGCCAACAGUAACGGCUGGUGCCACGAGAACUAGGCUGCCUCAGGCUACUCUCAGCUUUGGAACUACGCCUGCAGCUGUACCAACACAGCCUGCAACCCGCGAUUCUGCAAAUCGAGGUCCGCAGGAACCUCCUCGGGUGCCCAACUUCGAAGAGAGAUUGAAAAGCAUCAUCACGAGCUAUCUGAACGAAGAUCAGCAAAAUAGAUGCAAACAGCAACAACAACAGCAACACCAGCAACACCUUCAGCAGCAAAUGCAGAUGCAAGGUGGUAUGGUGCCCGGGGAACCUGAGCGGAAGCGUCAUGCUGUACCUCAAAGCGUCAAUGCACCAGAUUAUACACAGCUCACAUUUGCUUCAAAGGUAUCGCCCGCUAAGAUGGCUCUGCGUCGACAUCUCUCUCAGGAACGUUUAACAACGCCGCAUCAACCCGGUUCCUCUGAGCAGCAGCAGCAGCAACAGCAACAACCCGGUCCUUCCAACUCCGUCGUUACUGAGAGCAAGGUCCACCAUUCACAACACCACCAUUCCCACCAGCAUCUACAGCAGCAGCAGCAACAGCAACAAACGAGCCGAGCUGAGAGCAGUACGAGGAUGCAUCCACCCAGUACGAGUGGAAAUGGCCCGGGACCUGGUAGCAAUGGUAACGGUGGACUUCUGGGCACGCGGACGAUAGGUGACCUCGUGAGUGGCGAGAUCGAGCGGACCCUGGAGAUCUCAAAUCAGACCAUCAUCAAUGCAGCGGUGGACAUGAGCGUGAUGGGUAGACCCGACAACGCUUAUUCGCCUAUUAGCCGACCUGCCAGCGCCGAGGGCGAAACGGGCUUGGCGACACUGGCACAUGUGGCAAGCUAUGCACCUACACCGUCAGCACCAACGACACCUACGCCCUCAAGUCAGUCUUCGCGGUCGUCCGUUUUGUAUCCUCCGCAGCAGAGCCAGACCCAGAGGUACACUCCGGUUCAACUGCCACGAGCAGACAUCAAGCCUUAUCACGAGUCAUACUUUGCUGACAAUCCUUCGACGUCCAUUAGCCAAUCUCAUACAACCACAUCAGCAGUGCAAUCUUCGCAGCAUGCACCGACCAACGGCGACCCACCGUUGGAAGGUCUAGCUGCUACUCUACAUGCCAGAAUGCUUAACAACCAAAGUAGCAAUAGCGCAAGCAAAACUGAGCAUUCUCCCGCAAGCAGUAGAAGUAGGUACCAGCCCUAUCCCCGCUAUUCGAAUGGCAGUCACCCAAGUGGUAACAGCGCGAACGCCGUGACACCUCAGAGUCAACCUGCAAUGUCUGUGAAAACGGAGGCAAUCGUGUCGACCGUAAGCACGAGUGGUGCACCCCUAAGUCCGCUCAUCGAGCCCCACUCGAACACAUCGACGCCACUCGUCGACGAGCCGCAUAUAACGAAUCCGCGGCAACGUCACGGCGACGAUGACGCAGAGACAGAUUGGCAGGACCGCAUAAGCUCUGGCUUCGAUCGCCUGGUGGCGUUCGCCUCGACGGAACUGGACAAACGGCGUCGCUCCACCGAAGGCGUCAACACGAGUCCAGACAGUGGACUUGGCUCCGACAGCACAGUCCUCGGACCACCUCCGAUCGUCCCGUCACCGGACGAGGCUCUGGGACCUCCGCGGACGCCGUCGCCGGGUAGUCCCCGACCAGCUAGCACGAAUAGUGCCCACGGCCACCAAGCGUCGGGCUCGUCGUCGUCGUCAUCGUCGGUGCCGCUCAAGUAUCAGCGCCAGGCUGACCCUGAGAGGCACCACUUCAAGAAGAAGUUCUUUCACCGGGACUGGCCGACCCCGAAUCCAGGCGCCUCUGCGGCUGCAGCUGCCGCUGCGGCGGGCUCUAAGUUCCGACCCAAAGGCAAGGACUGGGACUGGAAUCAUCAGUCUGGACACCACCAUCAUCACCAAUGGCCGCCCGCGAACGACGAACAGUCGUAACGCGCCGAUCGAGCGUUCUUUUAUAACUAGGCUUUGAUAGACACGGGGGCUCUUCUUCGAGACAGAGGAGGAUAUUUGUGGGAAGCGCGUGGAUGCUCCCAUUUUGUACAAAUAGCGCAGUUUAGUCUUGGACUAAAGUAACUAUGACUCGCUCGUCGACCAUUUUUUUUCUCUUUUUUACAUUUUUUUCGCGGAUACGGGUCGGAACUUUGAUACCAGAGAGGCGCUUUUUGAUGAGUUCACGGGAUGAAUUUUACAUUGCAAUUGCUUUUACUUUUUUGGAAGCCUGAAUCUUGGGGUCCCUGGCGAAGGAAACAGUUGUAAUUGCGUUGUUCGUUUACGUUUUUACGCGGGAUGCGUAUUCUCGUAUUGUUGAUUUUUGAAUAUUUUGCAUGACGCAAAUCUUUGAGAUUGCAUGAAUGUUAAAGAUUUUUUGACAAACUUUUAUUGCUGUACUUUAUUAUUCAGUACUGAAUUCUUCCAUGGAAAAAAUAAAAAAUGUGGAGCCACGGGCUUUCUUUUUUUCCGAUGACGACUACAUUUUUUCAUUGCUGCAUCGAAAGCCGACAUACACAGUUUUAAGAUACUUAAAACUUUUAUUUUCGAUACGGUUGGCAUAACCGUAUAUCAGCGUCAAAAAGCGUCUCUUCAAAACAACAGGUCGCCAAUAUCCUAUUUCUUUUUAUUUUUAUUUUUAUUGUUUAGUUAUUGUAUAAAGGAAAAAAUGUUGUUUUUGUUUAGCGCAAAAUGGAAAUAUCGCUGUAUUAUUGUCGGUAUAGAAAAGUUAUAUUGUGUCGCUCAGGUUCGAUUAUUGUCCCUAGGUACAAUUGUCAGUUUAAAGGCGAGUCGCAUUAUAGUUCGUAUAUGAUAUUAGGAGAAUUUUUCAAUUUUGACGUUUAUAACGGUAUAGAUAUGGAUUACGGGAUGGCUGGUUGAUUGGAUAAUUCGCGAAUGCUUGUCUGAUGUUAUAAGCCAAUGUAUAUCCCACCGUCGUAUAUACAAUAAAAUCAAGAGUCACAUAGCAAAAGUGCGUAACAGACAAAAAGAUAGAUAAAAUUGAUAAAUACUAUAAUGUAAUUAAAAAAAAAUUUAUACUUCGACUGGGGAGACUGGACUUUUUCAAAAUAAGGAUUGCGCACUCUUGAAAUGUCAGCUCUCGAAUACCAUUGAAAUUAAGGUUCAACACGCGUGAAGCAAACCUCGAAACAUCUUUUUCACUGAAUCUUGUAGUCUUUUUACUUAAGCGACUAAAGAUUAACAAACAAUUACACAUAAAAACGAUAGCUCCGUCGAGACGCGUCUCAUCGUAGUUUAGCGGAUCGAGAAUAAAACAAAUAAAGUUAAAAAGAAAAACGGCAGUCAAUAUUUAGUUACUGUCGGAGCCUCUUGUGUGUUCGUUGUAAAAUUAGCAUUUUAGAAUUUUGUAAGCGACAGCAUCUUCCAUCCGGCAGAUGGAAAGUCUCUUAACCAAAGUGUUCAUCGCUGUUUGUUUUGUAAUGGCGACAACAGCAGAUAAUACAAUUGUAACAAUCGUUUCGAAUAGAACAGAAUAAAAAAAGACAAACGUGUAAAAGGAACUGACGAAAUGUAUAUCCAAAGAGCGAGCGAUCUUUGCGAGCGUUGAACAUUUUUCAACUGGUGCAUCGUAACCGAUAAGAAUUAAAACGUAAUGAAAAGAACGCGAGGAAAAAAAUUAACAGUAAAAAAGCUGCGAGUACUCACAGCAUGUCUGCGAGUAGCGCGUUUUUUAUAAAUGUAAAGUUGCGAAAACAAAAGUUAAUUACUAAUCAUGGCAUUCCCGUAGACGCAAGAAACGUCUUGUCACUUUUUAAGUGCGUUCAUAGUGUAAAAAGUUAAUCAAACCAUACGUUGUAUAGAAACAAUCGGAUUAUUUAUAUCGAAGUACCCUUAUACAUACGUCGAAAAAAAGAACACGUAGAUAUCGUAAACGAUGCAGGCACCUGCAAAGUAUAGCUGUUACAUACACUGCCGAACCUUCUAUUAGUUGUAUUAUUGACCAUUAUUAUUUAUUGUUUUUAUUGGAAUAUUUUAAUACUAAGAUUUUUGUAACAAGCAGCAUCUCUUUUAUUUUUUUCUCCCAUCUCCAUGUCAUAAUCAUCACACGAUUACUCGUGCUCUGUACAUAUACCGAGUAAAAAGUUCAGAUAUUAUAUUACACGCUAAGAAAUUGUUUAGAAAUGCAAAAGCUGUGUAUAAGAUGACUCGAGCGUUUUUAAUCGUUUGUACACGCGGGAGAACGGCGUAGAUCUCAAUUUUCUAUCGAAUUUCUUGUGUAUCAGAAGUAAUAUUAUUAUCAGCAGUAAAAUGAUACAAAAUCUUCAAA